AUGUUAUUUUGGAUUCUAUUACACUCACUUGGCAUUCACGUGCUAGCCAUUACUAUUGCAAAUGGAAAUAUUGAUGCUUCAACUCCAACAAGGCUUGGGGGAAAACAUAAAGGAAUUAUAGCAUGUUGGUUUCUUGGACUUAGGCCAAAAUGCUUUUCAUUGUGUUCGAAGAAAUACCAUCCUUCAAGGGUACUUACUCUUGUUUAUCAACCAUUUGCACUUGGGGCAAUCGCAAUACUAGCAUACAAUGAGGCAAAGAUCAAUACUAGAAAGCGGAAAAUAGUCGGUUGCAUCCUCUUCACUGCAAGUACUCUCAUGCUUAUGGUUGUGGAUUUAGCGACAUCAGGAAAAGGAGGAAUUGGACCUUUCGUUGGCGUAUGUGCUAUUGUUGCUGCUUUCGGAGUUGCAGAUGCUCUUGUUAAAGGUGGAAUGGUUGGAGACAUGGCUUUUAUGAGCCCUGAAUUCAUACAGUCAUUUUUUGCUGGGUUGGCUGCAUCAGGAACCCUGACCUCUGGUCUGAGAUCGAUCACAAAAGCAGCAUUUGGUAAAUCUAAAGAUGGUCCUCGCAAGGGCAUUACUGGAAUGCUGUUUGACACUUAA